AUCUUAAUCACCAUUUUUAUGCUCUUAAUUUCACUGUGUCAACUCCAAAUAUUUCAAACCCCAAUUUCACAUCCACCAUGAAUCAUUCUUCACAACCCGAAACACCACCACCCUCUGAUUCCAUCACCUCGUCACAACCCGAACCGCCACCACCGUCUGAUUCCGCCGCCAAUCCAUCAUUUCCCGAACCAUCGCCACCGUCCUAUUCCACCACACUAUCCGAACCACAGUCUUCGUUGUUCCAUUCUUCAGAUAUGAAAUUAAAAAUUUCGGAAUAUUUUCUUGAAAUAAGGGCACGAAAAAGGAGGGAAUUUUCUGUUACUACUUGACAAAUUAAGGCUUAGUUUUUCAAAUUUUCUAUCUUGCUUUCGUAGUUUGAGAAUUGAGAUCCUAACUUCCACUCCAAUUCUCUUCAUCUUCGACUCGGAGCCACCAACCAACACUGAAACCAUCGUGUAACAAAAAACGACACCGUUUCGAUCAAUGGUUAAGGGUUUGCACAGCCAAAACCUCCCCGCCGAUGUAGCACAUGUCGUCGAUCAGCUAGAGCGCCACUGCUUGGCUCCCGAUGGAUCUCUCAUCUCCAAGCCUCUCUACAACGAUCUACAACUCGCUAGAGAGGAAAUGUGCAGGGAACGACUUCGAUAUCUCGAAGCCAUGAUAGGAAAAGUGAUGCGUAUACGUAAAGCUUCAAGGAAUGAUUCACUGACUGAGACUUCAACCAACCCUUCUGCUUUGACGGCUCAGGAACGGUACCUCUGGAAAGAUGUUGAUGAACUCAUUUCAUCUUCUGAUAAUGAAAUUGCAAGCCAGCUGUUUGUUCUUCAUGUUAUGAAGCCAUUGCUUGGUUCCAAGUUUGUUGAUGCUGGCGUUUCAAAUUGAAGACAUGAAUGCGUUUAAAGCAUACAAAGCAUGUGUCCCAAUUGCUUAUAGCCCCAAUCUAUACAUUACUCUGGUGAGGGGUAUUCCGGGGACCAGGAAGCAACACAGGCGCACUUUGGAAGCAUUACGUUUGGGCAAAUGCAACCGAACUGUCAUGCGAUGGAACACACCUACUGUUAGGGGAAUGAUCCAGCAGGUCAAGAGAUUAGUUGUUGUUGAGACAGAGGAGAUGUACAAGGGCCGCAAACAAAAGGAGGAAAAUCACCGAGCUCUUCGUCCUCCAUUGGUCAUAAACCAUCAACCUGCUCCCGCUGAGGGUACCUUGUAAUGCGAAGCGUUUGCCAUGAUGAUGGCAUCUUUUGUUGCUCUUGUAGAGUCUACUGGAGCUUUCAUUGCCGUAUAUAGGCAUGCAAGUGCAACACCGUUACCGCCUUCUAUUCUUAGUCGAGGUAUCGGUUCAGUUGGCAGAAAAUACUCGUGCGGCCCAUCCUAUUGAGUACAUUCCAAAUGCAAAGCUACCAUGUGUUGGACCUCAUCCAAAGAAUGUCAUUCUUUUGGCAUGUGAUGCAUUUGGUGUGCUACCUCCAGGGAGUAAACUAAACCUGACACAGACCAUGUACCAUUUUAUCAUUGGAUAUACCGCUCUGGUAAUAUUUCAUCCUAUCUAAUUUCUUCAAACAUAGUAUCCUACUAUUGAAUUUCAUCCUAUCUAAUUUUUGGCCUUGAGACACAUGGCUUCCCAUGCUUCAAUUGAUUUCAGUUUUCGGUAUUAGGCUUAUGCACAGGCAUCACUGCUUUUUGGAAGGGCUCCAUCUAAGUAUCUUAAUAUUAAAACAUUCUUUUUAAAAGUUUUUUUUUAUGCUUUAUUGGAUGAAACAUUCUCCAUCUAAAUUUCUCUACGUGCUUGGUGAUUUUCCAGGCUCAUGUAUUCUCUGCAGGAACUGCAGGAUGUGCAACUUUUCUAGCAAACUAUCACGUACAGUCUU